AUUUAUUCUACAGCUUUUUGGCACAAGCAAAAUACCUCUCCAGUUUGUUUCGGCGCCAAGAACAACCAAUUUGGCAGUUUUACGGCUAAAACUGGUUCUAAAAGGCUGGCUGCCGUAAAGCUGGUUCACCUGUACGGUUAUGUAACGUGUAACACACGAGAAGUCUCCUAUUGGUCUUACUGGGGCUGUGGCUCGAAUGCCUUGGUACGGGAAUUGGUUAAUGUUGUCAUAACAACCUCGACUGAUCAAAUCAUUUUGCCAGCAAGCCAGCUCAUUGUACGUGAUAAUGCUAAGUGGUCCAAAAUUCCUACAUAUAACUCAUUAUCUCCAGAGUUGAUAUUAUCGUCUCUCAACCCCACCCCCGUUGCCUUGAACCAACAGUUACGCUUGUGGUAUGGCGAGGAUCUAAUGAACUCCACCGAAGGAGAUAAUGAUGGCACUGUAUGCGUUGAAGUUUAUGCACUUUUCGUCUGA